CCGCCCAGUGGGGCCUCCAUUGUAUUAAUCGGUCCGACUCCAAGCGCCGGCGCUCCUUUGCUGACUUGGAAGCGUUCUGCUAAGAUUUGCAGAACGAUGCACGACCACGUACCUUCGAGGCCGCCACCAAAAUUCCACACCGGCCUCAAUUCGGACUCGGAGAGCGAAACAGAUUCGAGUAGGAAGCAGUCUCAUUCAAGGACGAGGACAGAAAAUCAUCUUUCUCAUCGCGGGGCGUCGCUCGAAACGUCCGUGGAUGCAGCCGCCCCUCCGAUUCCGUACUGGUCAGCAAAACGGCAUCUAACAUGUGGCAAUCCUACCCCUCAGCCUCCGUGGUCCGCUCAGCUCACUCCCUGGCGCAAUUCUGCCCUAGGAAAGCUCAAAACGGCCAAUGCAGCAUUGAUUCUCUGCCUCAACAUCGAUGUCGACCCACCCGACGUUGUCAAGACUCAGCCCUGUGCUGCUUUGGAAUGUUGGGUCGACCCUAGGCUCCUUCCCUCGAACCGUGCAGUCGAGGCUAUUGGCGCAAAUCUGAAGUCCCAGUAUGAAGGUCUCAGUCUCAAGAUCCAGUAUAAACCAAUACUCGACCCUUCGCAGGAAGACAUCCGGAAAUGUUGUCAACAGCUCCGCCGACAGGCCAAGGAUGACGCCGUGUUAUUUCAUUAUAAUGGACACGGAGUUCCCAAGCCUACAUCCAGCGGAGAGUUGUGGUGUUUCAACCGGAACUACACUCAGUACAUUCCGGUGUCUCUUCAGGACAUACAAAAUUGGCUGGGAUCUCCUGGCGUGUAUAUAUGGGACUGCUCUGCUGCGGGCCAUCUUCUGCAGAAUUUCAACACGUUCGCGGAGCGCCGCGACAGCGAUGCAACUAUGUCACAUGGUGGCUACGCGCCGGAACGUACACCAUACUUGCAGUCGAUACAGCUAGCUGCGUGUGCCGCGAAUGAGCAAUUACCCUCGUGCCCAGAGCUACCUGCCGAUGUUUUUACGUCAUGCCUUACCUCUCCCAUUGACAUGGCGCUUCGAUAUUUUGUCCUUAACCAAAAGUUACCAGAUGGCGUCGAGCAAGAUAUGAUCAUGCAGCUUCCAGGUGAUCUUAAAGAUCGUCGUACCCCUUUGGGAGAAUUGAACUGGAUCUUCAUCGCCAUCACCGAUACCAUUGCAUGGACUUCGUUUUCCCGAGAGACAUUCUCACGAUUAUAUCGGUGUGACCUCCUGGUUGCAUCACUUUUCCGCAACUUCCUGCUCGCAGAGCGUAUCCUGAAGAAUUACGGCUGCACUCCACAUACAUACCCUCCCCUUCCCGCCACUAAUACACAUCCUCUGUGGGCAACGUGGGACCUAGCUGUGGACGCAUGUCUGCGACAGCUCCCUGAUCUUCUUCGUAAUAAAGCGCCCGCGAAAGCUAAGAAUUCCGCGACAGGACAGCCACCAGCGCCUACGACAGUGAUCACAGAUGAGAACGAAGUCUUACCUGGUCGCAUUGGGAGUCUCCGCCAUGUGACUAAAGACGAAGACGCUUCGCAGAUCCCACCAUAUACCUAUAUCCCUAGUCGGUUCUUUGCAGACCAGCUCACUGCAUUUGAAGUAUGGAUAUCUCGAGGUGGUUCUGCCCUGACGAGACGUGGUCCUAUGUCCAUGCCAAUCUCAAAAGAGAAGGGACUAGAGGAGAACGGAACCACUGUUGACGGUGUAACCGAGGACAAACUUGUUCCUCGGAAACCGCCAGAUCAGCUGCCCAUUGUUCUCCAAGUCCUGCUUUCCCAGCCACAUCGCCUACGCGCACUUAUUCUUCUCUCUCAAUUCGUAGAUUUGGGACCAUGGGCUGUUAACAUGGUCCUUUCUAUCGGCAUAUUCCCCUACAUGGCGAAGCUUCUGCAGGCUGCCGGGCAGGACCUCCGUCCGGUGCUCAUCUUCAUAUGGACCCGCAUUCUGGCUGUUGAUCCAUCCGUACAAGUCGACUUAUAUAACAACGCCCAAGGAUACCGUUAUUUCUCCAAAAUUCUUGCGAUGCCUGAUGACGGCGUUCUGCCAAACUCAUCCGAGCACCAGGCGAUGGUUUGCUUCAUUCUCGCAUCCCUUUCCCGCGACUUUCCCAAUGGACAAUCUGCAUGCUGGGAUGAACGAGUCUUUGAUGCUUGUCUUAACAAGCUGGAUGAUCCUGAUUUUUUGCUCCGCCAAUGGGCUGCCCUAUGUAUUGCCCAACUUUGGGAUUCAAAUGACAAGGGUAGAAGGGACGCUAUACAACGUACGACCACCGAUAAGCUCAAUAAUAUGCUUAAUGACGAGUCUGUGGAAGUACGUUGUGCUGUGCUCUACGCCAUGCAGACAUUCAUGGGAGCCAGUGGCUCGUUAGAUCCAAAUAAGAGAGGAGGCGGAGGCACCGGAAAUUUGAUGGGAUUGUUUGAAAUGGAGGAAAACUUCCACAUGCGUCUAGAGGUCUCUUUGGUCAUGGGCGCCACUUUCAUCAUCAAGGAUGAUGCAAGUCCCAUGGCACGGAAGGAGCUUUUGGUCUUGAUUAGCUGUCUGGUAAGGGAAUGGAGAGGUCACUUUGUUGUCUGUGCGUGGUUGUACUGGGAACAGGACCAACGCUGGCGCACGAAGGGCCCUGGUCCCUAUUCACCGAUUGACGACAUCAGCGGGCAGGCAAUCGAAGAAUGGAUAGAAAGUUUCGAUUUUGCCAGCCAAGAAGAUAAUCGAGUCAUCUUGUCAUCUUUCUUCACAAUCUUUGUUGUUCUCCUCGACCUUUCGGAGGACCCUUAUUCUGAGGUUGCUGCUAAUGCCCAGACGGUCGUGGACUAUAUCAUGGCUCUUCUUUUGGAUUCACCGUUCAGUCAGCAUGAUGCGACUAGUCUCAGACGGCAACCCGCUGUAUCUCCCGACUACCGACCACCAGUCAUUGAGACUGUACCUCGAUCAAGAGUACCUUCCAGUCAUUCUCCUCUCGCGUCCACCCCGCCAUCUCCAAAACCACCUCGUCCAGCGUUCCCUCGUACUGAUACGAUGUCCUCGAUGACUACGUCUGUAUCGAACACCCUCCGGCGUACGUCCUCCUUUGCUAACGCUCUGAAGACCUUCGCGAACGGUGUCACUUUUCCUUCUCUGGAAGAUGGGCAUUCUGCACUGUUUGGAUCAUCGCGUUCAGACUUUGACAUAUCCCGACCACCCUCCCCUAACCUGAACCUAGCGCGGUACACACCGCCUUACUAUCGCACGUCGCUACCCAUCUAUCAUCAAAACGGACAUCCAUCUUCACCAUCAUCUCAACAACCGUCUGUACUGGACUACACUCCAAAAGAUGUCAUGGAGGCGCUGAUGCUAGAGGAUAUGGAGCGAUUGAGAACGCGACAUAGAAAACACCGACGUGGCGGUGGUUCCAUGCCCAGCCCAAGUAAUAGUACCUUUUCUACUGAAUCUUCGGCCAGCAGUUUGAUGUUGGGGCUGGGAACAGGUAUGGGACUACGGGACGUGCUUCCGCUGAAGAGCACGUACUUUGAUUGGUGCACGGAGUACUUUACGGAACCACAAAUGAGGCAAACGGAAGCGGAUGAACCAGGCAGUAUACAAUACAAUCAUCAAGUCUGGAGACAACGGCGAAACGAGAAGGUUGAGGUUGAGACCCGUUCUCAAGCAGAAGUAGCGCCAUGUCACCGAUGGGACAGACCAGUAGCAACGUUACAAUCCAUUGGACACCCGAUGACCAUGGCAUUCCAUUCUUAUGACCAACAUCUUGUAGUCGCCAACGACCACGAUAUUGUCGCAGUUUGGGACUGGUCGCAGAAAAAGAAAUUGAAUCAGUUCUGCAACGGUAAUCCCAGAGGAACUUCGAUUACUUCUAUGCAUAUCAUUAACCAGGAUGUUGGCGGUAUCAUAAUGACCGGGUCCGAUGACGGUAUUGUGCGACUCUUUCGCAAUUAUGAUCCUACCCUAGAACAAGGACCCAUACAGCUGGUCAGUGCGUUCCGCGGCCUGCAAGAGGUAAUAUCCAUCAAACGCGGGUCUGGCCUUGUCAUGGAUUGGAAAGCCGCUAACGGAACUCUGCUUAUUGGCGGAGAUUCCCGCAUCAUCAAAAGCUGGGAUGCUCAGACAGAGUCUCAGGGAAUGGACAUCUUGACCGAUUCCGAAAGUCCGGUUACAGCUAUUGCCUCGGAUCGCCAUGGUUACUCUGAAGUCUUUGCUGUCAGUUUUGCCAAUGGUGCUGUAAAGCUUUUCGAUGCCCGAAUCGAUGACGAGGAGCCUGUGAUCAUGACAUUCCCCGGCCACACGACAUGGGUUCAGAAUAUUUGUCCGCAUCCGGCAUCGGGCUUUCAAUUCCUGUCCGCUGGCGUGGACGGUGUUGUCAAGCUUUGGGAUCUCCGAAAUGAAAGGCAGGCCGCCGAAACAUGGGAUCUGAACUCAAGGGGACUAUCCACCUUCGAUGUCCAUCGCACUACUGAAGUUUUCGCUGGAUCUUCCGCUAUAACGCCUCACCAAUGGAAGGAGCAGAAGAUAACGGUGCAAUCUAUCAAAGGACAGAUGCCGCCUUCCAGCGUUUCGGUUCCUACUGGGCACGUUCUUCAACCGCCUCGCGUCCCGGCGUCGCCCUUUUCGCACCGACUGACGUCUUUGGUGUUCCACCCUACGGAAAUGUUGUACGGUGUUGGAGAACCCGAUGGUACCGUCCGAAUCCUGGGGUGCAAUUUAACGUCGGACCCGUCCUCCAACUGAUCGGGAACCGCAUUUGGUGGAAUAUAUCUACGUUUAUCGUCUCGUAAAAUUAUUCUUGCUUUGCUUUCACGCAUAAUACUGUAUAGUAGAAUCUGUCGCAAUAAUGUAUUCGCUUAGCUGUGAUAUUGUACCAGUAGAAAAUGUAAUGUACAUGUCUUGUCCAAGCCUAGGGCUAGACAGAUCGGAGG